CUGAACAAGCAUGUAAAAAUGGCAGCGAUAAUCGUCUCUCUCCCCAUUCCCUCCCCACAAAACAGCAGCAGGAAGAAGCAUUUCCUCCAAACCACCUUCCUCCCUCCAAAUCCCCUUCCUCAUAAAACCCUCACAAAAACAACCCUCCAAAAGAAGAUUCCCACCUCCAUUUCUUCUAUCACUUCAUCUUCAUCGUCUUCUUCCACAAUCAAAAUCAUCCGCAAUCCAUCUCUCGACCGUCACGUACUAAAACAAAACAAGCUUCGCUUCGUCCAAAAGCUCAAAACACUCCUCCUCUCCAAACCCCGUCAUUAUCUCCCUCUUCGCAUUCUCUCCCGAUGCCGAUCCUAUCUCUCUCUCCCCACCUCUCGCUCUAUCCUCUCCAUGAUCAAACGCUACCCAGCCAUUUUCCAGCUCUUCUCUCCUCCACCUUCCCCCACGAAUGCAUCCGAUCCCCCUCUUUCCGUUCGCCUCACUCCCGCCGCUGCCUCUCUCGCCGCCCAAGAAUCCCUUCUCAAAUCCCAAAUCUCCUCUGCUCUCGCUUCCAAGCUCCACAAGCUCCUCAUGCUCUCCUUCCACCGUCGCCUCCUUCUCUCUAAGCUCGUCCACCUUGCUCCUGACCUUGGCCUUCCACCCAAUUUCCGCUCCCGCCUCUGCAACGAGCACCCUCAACGUUUCAGGACUGUUGACACUUCCUACGGCCGUGCGCUGGAGCUCGUGUCGUGGGACCCUGACCUCGCCGUCCCCUUUCCUGCCGCACAAUCCCCGGGUUUGGACUUGAUUAUCGACCGCCCUGCCAAGUUCAAGAUGCUGAGGCUGCCGAAGGGCCUUAAUUUGAAGCGGCGGCAUCGGGAUUUCCUCAUUAAGUUUGGGGAAUUGCCGGAGAUGAGUCCGUAUUCAAUGGAUGGGGUGGGGCUGCUGCCAGCGCCGCACACGAUGGAAGCGGAGAAGAGGGCGUGCGCGGUGGUGAGGGAGAUGCUGGGAUUGACGGUGGAGAAGCGGACAUUGGUGGAUCACCUGACACAUUUCCGGAAGGAGUUUGGGCUUUCGAAUAAGGUGAGGGGGAUGCUGGUGAGGCACCCGGAAAUGUUCUAUGUCAGCAUUAAGGGGCAGAGGGAUUCAGUGUUCUUGGUGGAAGCGUAUGACGAGAGGGGUCAGCUGGUGUUGAAGGAGGAGGAUGAGCUGUUGGUGGCGAAGGAGAGGCUAAUGGAGCUGGUUAGGAUUGGGAAGAGGAUAAGGAGAGAGAGGAGGAAUCGCGUCGAUGGUGUCGACAACGAUGAAGAAGAAGAUGAUGAUGAUGAAGAAGAAGAAGAAGAAGAAGAUGACAAUGACGAUGGUUUUGAGGAGUUGUUUGAGGCUGGAAUUGAAGAUGAUUGGGAGGAUUUUGGGGUUGAUGAAGAAGAAGAUAUUGGAGAUGAGGUGGUUCCGGGCAGCAGCGGAGAGUUUUGGACUGUCAAUGGUUUGAGCAAGGAUGUAGGUGGUGGUGGAGAAUUUGAAUCCUGGUGAAGAUGACUGCUUUGUUUGGCUGUCUUCCUGUUGAGUUAGUGAGAGACAUCAAUCCCUGUGUAUAUAAAGAGAAGAAAAAUCUUGGAAGUGUUAAGUUCCUGUUUCGAUUUGGGUAUUAUCCCUUCUCAACCUCUUCUUCAAAAUUCAAAAUUAAUUCUUGUAGAUUCCCUCCAACUAUUCUUAGAGGAAGAUGACAUGGGCACUAGCUCUCCCUACUCUGUCCUUGGAUGUGAUGCCCAUAUUUUCAAGUGCAAAAUGCUUGUAACUCUGUGUUAAUCUACAACUGUUUUGAUGGCC